AUGCCUUACACUCCUCCAGCCCAGCUUUCUCCUGCAAGCUCGAAAAAUCCUAGUCCUACCCCGAGCCGGUCUCACUCCUACAUCAAAGGGCAGCAACUACUCUCUCCGGAGCUUCCGGCUUCUUCUGGCCGUCCAGACCUGCCGCGCUCGCAGGGUUCCUCCUCGUACAUCACAAAGCACCGACGAAGCCCAUCGUUGAACGACGCGCAGAACGGCGAGAUUCUCCAUAAUGGGGAGGCGUAUGAAGAGAAUGGCGCUUUUGAUCCCCGUGGCAGUAUCAGACAGUCACCCCCGCCUGUGACCAACUCUGCGAUGCCUGCUCAGAUGACGAUAUCACCCCCAGAAUCGUCUCACAACUCUAGUGAUGAGGAUGAGCCUGCAAGAGGACGGACGAGGGAUCUGGAGGUGGAAAACCUCCAAGCGUUACAUGCUGCGAUUCGGUCGAUAGACUUGAGAAAGUCAACCGGAUCCCCAACCCGUGGAGUGGCUCCUCCUUCCACCAAGCUUGACGUUCCGGUCUCUCGCCUGGAUGGGACUCAGUCCGCCGGCCCACAAUUACAACGACCUCCUCUGUCGCAAGAAGCUCGGAAGAUCUCUCACUCCAGAUCAUCCACCGACUCUAGCAUAGUCUUCGAACCACCCCAGAAACAAACGCCUUCAGUUGUUAUUCCGUCCGAAUCGGAUGACAGCGAUACUGAUAAUGGGCCUGGUGAACGACCCCCAAUGCUGCGAAAGAAGUCAGGCGAGCUGGUCCGGCCUGCGUUGCGGCCGUCAUCACGACGACGGCCCUCGAGUAUGCCUGGAACCCCAACCUACUCCAAGGCUGUCCAUUUCGAUUCUCACCUCGAACAUGUCAGGCACUUCCUGCAGGUCGAUCGGCCGCUUGCUGUCAGUGCAGGUUCCUCACCUGUAGAAAACUAUGAGAGUGAGGGCGAGUUUCCCUUCGGGUCGGAUGAGGCAAGCUCUCGACCUCGGUCCCCCGCAUAUGAGUGGGAGAUCUCGUUGGCCAACUUUCCUCAAGACUCAGAAAACCGCAGAUCACAGCCUGUGUUUGUUGAUCGAGUCUUUCUUUCAGCCGACAACAAACACCUUGUGGGCAAUAUUGCUGUGCAGAAUCUUGCAUUUCAGAAGUCGGUUGUAGUUCGCUUCACCCUUGAUUACUGGAAGACGACUUCCGAAAUUGUCGCCGACUACAACAACGAUGUCCGCCGGAAAGGUCCUCAUGACAACCUUGACCACUUCAACUUCAGCAUCAAACUCGCAGACCAGGCGAAUCUCGAGACUAAGACAUUGUUCUUCUGCGUGCGGUACAACGUCAACGGUCAGGAGUUCUGGGACAAUAACGGGGGCUACAACUACCAAGUGGACUUUAGCAAGAAUGCUAAAGUGCACCAGGCCAAGAAGCCUGCAGCUGCACCCGGCCUUGGUGAGAGACCACUGAAUGCUUUGCCUCGAAGUCGGCCGUCCUCAGCAAGCUCCGCUGGUAGACCAGUAUCCAUGCCCACAUCGUUCGAUGACUUCUCAACGGGUUUCGACAACUUUGGAAGCUUUGGUCAGUCCGCCGGCGCUCUCAUGGGUGAGCCGAAGCUCAAACUGAGAAGCCCACGCUCAAAGGCUGAGCUGGUUCCUGAUGCUCCUCAGCGCCGUAAGCAAGCCGGCCCUCAAGCAUUCGGGCAUCGGUACGAUUUCAACUCAUCUUUGACAGCGGCGAAGAACAAUGCAUAUGCCGCUCUGGGCGAAUGGUCUGGCUUGAAUCCGAGGGUAACCACAAAGCAGUCAUCCCACGACGUUCCUGCGACCACAACCGUCGCCCAGAUCGUUGUAGACGCUGCCCCUAAGCAUGAAAACGGUGUCAAUGGUAUCAAAACCGGCGCCACUAAUGCCACUUUUCUGGCAUCCAAGCCCGCGGCUUUGGUCUCCGAGAAACCUUCACUCACCUCGCAAUCAUAUCAGGAACUAGUGGACAAAUACUGCUUUGUAGGUGCCCAGGGGAAGAGCGAGGAGGUCACGACACAUUGA